CGAGAAAUCAGUCUAAUCACCUCCGAGAACUGUUUUUCGCUUCUGAGAUUCUAUGACUAAGAUGUUUGCAUUUCUGACCGUCACUAAAUCAUUCGGACACCUCUCAAACAAAUCGAAGCCCUACUUGUCUCAACUACUCUUUCACCUGAAUUCGAUUCCUGAGAAUUCCAAUUCCCGUCAAUGGCAAUUCCAAAGCAUUAGAACUCUCCUGUUACAGUCCACGUCUGAAUCUGUGAAGUUGCAGAGACUGUCCGACUCCGAUUCCGGAAUUAUUGAGGUUAGUUUGGACAGGCCCAAUGCAAAAAAUUCCAUUGGCAAGGAUAUGCUGAGGGGACUACAGCAUAGCUUUGAAGCUGUAAAGAGAGAUUCUUCUGCAAAUAUUUUGAUGAUCUGCAGUUCAGUCCCCAGGGUGUUCUGUGCAGGUGCUGAUUUGAAGGAACGGAAGACAAUGAGUCCAUCUGAGGUUCAGGCUUUCGUUAACACUCUACGCUCGACAUUCUCUUUCUUGGAGGCACUUCAUAUUCCUACUAUAGCUGUCAUCGAAGGCGCAGCAUUGGGUGGUGGACUGGAAAUGGCUUUAUCCUGUGAUAUUCGGAUAUGUGGAGAAGAUGCAGUGUUGGGCUUGCCAGAAACAGGACUUGCUAUUAUACCAGGGUAUUUGAUGUCUCAAUUGAAAAUUUGCCCCAUUCGUUUUAUUUAUUUUUUGGAUUUCAAUUUACCUCAAUGUUGUUCAAGAUGGAUUUGUCUCCCCAGUCUCUUUGGCAACUUUUGACAGGCUGUUCAUCAUUUUAUAUGUCGUGUGCUUUACCAAUGCUGAUGAAGCUGCUAGAUUUUGAAUCUGAUUUCAAGCUUGAAUAGAUAUUCGGCAGAUAAUCAUCUUGCAGAGCAUUAUCUGAUUAUGAAGUCCUACACCUUUUCAGGGCAGGUGGGACCCAACGGCUGCCUAGAUUAGUAGGAAAAUCAGUUGCAAAAGAACUUAUAUUUACUGGUCGGAAGAUUGGUGGUAGAGAUGCAUUAUCAAUGGGCCUUGUCAACCACUGUGUUCCUGCUGGUGAAGCUCGUUUGAAGGCACUCGAAAUUGCUCGGGAUAUAAAUCAGAAGGGUCCAUUGGCGAUAAAGAUGGCAAAGCAAGCUAUUGAUGAGGGGCUUGAGAUAGAUAUGGCAUCAGCUUUGUCAUUGGAAGAAGAUUGUUAUGAACAGCUCUUGAACACAAAAGAUCGAUUGGAAGGGUUAGCUGCAUUUGCAGAGAAGCGAAAACCUCGAUAUAUAGGUGAAUGAAGAAACCAAAAAUGCUACAAACGAAAUUUUUGUGCCUCACGUAUCACUCAGAAGUAUGUAUGGAGUACCAAUUUUCUAUUUGAAAGUUCAAGAGAGAAUGUCAAAAGUAUUCCCCCUCCUUCUUUAGCUGGUUCCUUCGGAUUCUACAUUGUUUGAAUUAGAUUAUUCCGACAAUAAUUUCUAUGAUUGGACAGUUCACUCCGAUUAUCUACCAUGAAACUAUAGCAGUUGUGGCGUUUUUAAGUUUACAUACAAUGUUUAUAUCAGUAGGCAUACUGAGUUUAUAGUGUUGCUGCAGUAAUUGC